UGUCAGUCAGAAGGCGGAAGCCGGCGCGGGCGGGAAGGUUGUAGUGCGGCGCAUUGCCGCGCUCUCCUGGUACCCAGUGGUCGCACUACCCUGGCCAGCCGCGGCCCGACAGCGAGGCCUCCUAGAGCCCUGGCUUCUGGAUGAUUGUAAAGUGCUGAUCAGUGGCCACUGAAUAUAAUUGAAACAGAAUAGGAAGAUGGCAGCAAAUCCUUCAGGACAAGGCUUUCAAAAUAAAAAUAGAGUUGCAAUCUUGGCAGAACUGGACAAAGAAAAAAGAAAAUUACUUAUGCAGAACCAGUCUUCAACAAAUCAUCCUGGAGCUAGCAUCGCCCUCUCCAGACCCUCUCUUAAUAAGGACUUCCGGGAUCAUGCUGAGCAGCAGCAUAUUGCAGCCCAACAAAAGGCCGCUUUGCAGCAUGCUCAUGCACAUUCAUCUGGAUACUUCAUAACUCAAGACUCUGCAUUUGGGAAUCUUAUUCUUCCCGUUUUACCUCGCCUUGAUCCAGAAUGAAGAAAGUAUCUGUGAUAAAAGGGACUUUGUAAUAUCAAAAGUCAAAGCUCUCAUUCAGCUUUAUACAAACUCUUGACAUUCAGAAUUUUGGUGAACUUAAUUUUUAUUUCUUCAAAGAGAGGAAUAUGUAAGUGAAAGUGAGAAGAGAAGGGGAGCUAGGAUGGUGAGAACUUUGGAAGCUGUGUUGUCUGAGGAACUGACUGUGCUGACCAUGACUGUAAUUUUGUUGUACUGCAUUUGAUUUUUCACUCCGAGUCCGACUCAGAAUUGGUCAGUCACACGUAUCAGCACCCGCCUUCAGCAAGUUGGACUAAAUGUGUCAUGUCCACAGUAGACAUUCAAGAACCAUUUAGAUAUAGCUCCAGUGGUACUCCACCUGCCUGGCAUGCACGAAGCCCUGAGUUUGGUCUCCACUACACACACCAGCCAUGGUGGCUCAUGCCUGUAAUCCUGGCACUAGAGAAGUAAAGGCAGGAAGAUCAGAAGUUUAUAUCUUUGACUAUAUAGUGAGUUCAAGACCAGCCUGGGGUACAGGAACCAUUUAUAAUCCUAUCUCUAAAGAAAUAAGGAUACUUUUUUAAAAAAUGUGAGCAAUAGACUUAAAUUACAUGCAUUGUGAUUUACAGGAUUGAUGUCUGUAACUUGAGUUUAGAGGCAACUUACCAGAUUCUUUGAAUUCAAAACUAGUUCUACUCUGAAUUUUAAAAGAAAACCCAAAAUAAGACCAAAUUACCAACAGAUCUUCAGUAUCUUUUUCAAAUAAUCAUAAAUGAUGUGACUAAA